CGCCUCAAACAGUCGUGCCCGCACCCGCACAGGCACACAUCAGACAACGCGCCCCCGUCGUCGCCCUCCAGGUCGUUGUCCUCCACCAUAGCUGUCAGCAUCAGCUGCAAGCAUUAUCGCCACCUUCGUCGCCUCCAUCCAACGGAGAUGAGUAGGCUCCUCAGCCAGAGGUGUGUGAAUGUGUUGCUGACAAAUCCUAUUUGGGUGGUUGUGACUCGCAUGCAGUUGCUGAUUUUCCACUUGGUCAAAACCCUUCAUGAAUCGAUAGUGAUUAUUUCAAAUGUAGUUUUAGGAGCAGAGGAGCGGCGCCAAAGUAGGGACUUCUUUGGUUGGAUGAAAUUACAGGUGAAGGCUGCCUACGAGAGGAGAUGUGGAGCCUGCCAACCUGGGGAGAUUCCUACGUUGCUCGAUUUGGGGCUUAAUCCGAAUGCUGCAACGGGGCAGAUUUUGUUCCUGGGAAGGUGAAUGCUAAGGAAGCUUUGCCACAAGUAGCAGAGGCUGAGAAAUAAUAAGGAUUGAUUCUACAUUUGUUAAGUGGCUUGAAGAAUUUCAAAAGAUCACAGUGUGAUUAUAUAUUUUUUUGCUAUUUUUGUUCUAUUUUGACUCUAAAUAGAACUAUUGUACUUGGCAUUUUGAUUAUCUUCGGAUGAUAAUUUUAGUACAAUGUUUAGAUAAUUAAUUGUUUAUAUAAUAUAUAUUUUGGAUUGUACUAUUUGUAGUA